AUGGCACGAAGAACCAUCUCUCCACAACACUUUUAUCAGAAUAGAAUUCUGGAUCAAUAUGCAUAUCAAUCUGCGAAAACUAUAACGCUUCGUCAGCUAGUGUUUUUUGGAAGGAACCUAAACGAGGAUAAACUAAUACAAAGUGGCAACUAUGUGAGAAAGGAACUCCCCGUGAGACUUGCUCACAGAAUACGUGACUUUCAAAAUCUUCCAUUCAUAGUCGGUACCAACUCUUUUAUUUCUACUGUUUACGAGUUAUAUUGGUCAGCAUUUGAUCGACUACGCAGUUUUCCUGAAAUAAAAACUAUCGAGGACAACCAUAUGUUUUGUGAGACAUUGAAGGGUCUUUUACGCGAACAUCUUGUCGUGCUUCCGCAAUUGGCAAGAGGAAUGAUGGAAUGCUCUAAUCACAUAUCGCAAGCGUUAAUAGAUAGAUUCAUGUAUACUAUGCUACGUUCUCGCAUAUCAAGAAGAGUGUUGGCUGAGCAGCAGAUCGCCUUGACUACGAACUGGAACAAGUAUGGACAUAGUGGAUUCUAUUCCGAUGGGUGUAUCGGUGUUGUUAAUACGAAAUGCAAUGCAAGGGAUACUGUGGAAAGAUGUGCAACCGUGACAAGAGAUGCAUACCGUACUUACUAUGGAGUCGAACCUCCCGAAGUUGUGUUUGAUGGCCGUGAGAAUGUCGUGUUUACCUAUAUUCCAGAUCAUAUAGAGUACGUCCUGUAUGAACUGCUGAAGAACUCUAUUAGGGCAACCAUCGAAACGUAUUCUCCAGAGGUUGUUAAUGGUGUAAUGGAGGACAUGGGAUCGGAUACAAAAGCCCCGGAGGCUACGCAGGAUACCAACGAAACGAAGGAAGUGCAAGCUACUUCUUCAUUUGCUCAACCGUCUUCUCGUCCUCACUUUGCACAUGAAACGACUCCUCGUUCGCGUCCACUUGCGCCUUCCGCUACUUUAGCGUCCAAAACACCGUCCUAUCCACCUAUACGCGUGACGGUCUCUUCAUCUUCUACCGAUGUGCACUUCCGUAUCUCGGACCAAGGAGGCGGAAUUCCCGAAUCCAUAUAUCCGCAUAUCUGGUCAUUUCCUUCUUUGAAAUUCAAGAAAUUCACCAAUCUCGACAAAGUAUCUCAGAUGGCUGCUACUUUGAGAGAAAGACAGGAGAAAAUCAUUCACCCAAUGCUGAAAUUAGGCAUUGGUUUGCGUAUGAGCAAAGUUUACUGCGAGUAUUGGGGGGGAGGCUUGACAGUAUUUAGUAUGGAUGGGUACGGGACGGAUGCCUAUAUUAAGAUUACAAGAUUGGGAAACAAGGAAGAGAAUAUAGU